CCGACAGGCCGUCGCAUCAGUAAGAAAGUGAAGCGAGAAAGAGAUUCAUACCGGCAGCAGUGAAUGUGAAUAAGGGAGGGGAGGCGAGGCGCGGCGAGGCGAUGUGUGAGAGCUGAGGCUCAGGACAACACCAGCGCCAUGGACAUCUUCCAGAGCGUGCAAGGCUAUAUCAAUAAGAUGGUGUCGCAAGGAGAUACGACCAAUGGAGGCGCCGCGAAGAUGAAGAUACUGCUGCUGGACAAGGACACCGUUCCCAUUGUCUCGUCAGCAACAUCUCAAUCUGCGCUUCUAAACCAUUCCGUAUACCUCACCCAACGCCUCGACGACCAGAACCGCGAGAAGAUGCGGCAUUUGCGGUGCUUAUGCUUCCUGCGGCCAUCGCCAGACAGUAUACAGUUCCUGAUUGACGAGUGUCGGGAGCCCAAGUAUGGAGAGUACCACAUCUAUUUCAGCAACGUCAUCAAAAAGUCCUCUCUUGAACGUCUCGCUGAGGCUGAUGACCAUGAAGUCGUCAAGUCCAUUGUCGAGUACUUCGCCGACUUUCUGGUAGUCAACCCAGACUUGUGCUCACUGCCUCUCUCCACGCGCUUGUGGUCGUCCUCCCCAGACCUGUGGAAUCAAGACAGUUUGACACGGACUGUAGAGGGCGUCAUUGCCAUGCUCCUUUCGCUGAAGAAGAAACCAUUGAUCAGAUUUGAGAAGAACAGCCUGCUGUGCAAGAAGUUGGCAACAGAAGUUCGAUAUGCCAUGACACAAGAGGAACAGCUAUUCGACUUCCGAAAGCCAGAUACGCCUCCGAUCUUGCUCUUGGUAGACAGAAGAGAUGACCCAGUCACGCCACUUUUGACCCAAUGGACCUAUCAAGCUAUGGUGCACGAGCUGCUGGGCAUUGAAAAUGGCAGAGUCAACCUCAGCGAUGUGCCGGAAGUCAGGCCUGAGUUCAAAGAAAUUGUGCUCUCACAAGACCAAGACCCUUUCUUCGCCAAGAACAUGUACCUCAACUUUGGAGAUCUGGGCCAGAACGCUAAAGACUAUGUUGAGCAAUUUGCCUCCAAGCAGGCCUCAGGACAGAAGCUCGACAGCAUCGAAGACAUGAAACGAUUCGUCGAAGAAUAUCCCGAGUUCCGUCGGCUCUCUGGCAACGUCACGAAACACGUGACCCUUGUCGGAGAGCUCUCGCGCCGUGUAGGAACUGACAGUCUCCUCGACGUCUCUGAGCUCGAACAAAGUCUCGCUUGCAACGACAACCACUCUCAAGAUGUCAAGAGAUUACAGCAGAUCAUUCAAGAUCCUCGAAUUCCCCCCAACAACAAGGUGCGCCUGGUUGCAAUCUACGCGCUCCGGUACUCAGGCCAUAGCAACAACAAUACGCCAGCGCUUAUGGAUCUGCUCGCUGUAGCCGGCAAUAUAUCUCGACAUCGCAUCAAUCUGAUACCCAAGCUUCUUACAUAUUCCACCAGUUUGCAGUCUAUGCCUAACACAGGUGGCAUACCAGACCUGUUCCAAUCGAGCAAUCUCUUUUCUGAAGCUCGAUCUCGCUUCCAACGUGGAUUGAAAGGCGUAGAGAACGUUUAUACCCAGCACUCGCCUCGACUGGAGAACACGCUGCAGGAUCUGACCAAAGGUCGACUCAACAUGAAUACGUACCCAUUCGUGGAAGGCGGAGGACAAACGCGAGACAAACCACAGGACAUCAUUAUCUUCAUGGUGGGAGGUGCCACGUACGAGGAGGCAAAGAUGGUUGCGCAGGUCAACGCGAGUAGUCCUGGGAUUAGAGUUGUGCUUGGCGGGACCGGUAUACACAACAGCAGUACGUUUCUGGAUGAGGUUGAGGAGGCUGUGGAUGCUUGGCCUGAAGCAAAACCUGAUACUGCUGCUGGGAGACUGAGAAGAGAAGUUGGAAGAGCCUAAUCAGGUCGUCUCAAGCCAAAGUUACGCUGUAGCAAGAUAAGCACGGCAUGGGAUCUGCCCAUAGGUGUACUACGUACGCCUUACGCAUGGGCAGUGCAUUGCGCGUGAAUGUCAUGGACGAUGAGAUCAGAACAUGUAGCUCAUAUCACAUGGACAGAGCCACCCAGUAAUGAAUUUUCAAAUGCGAUCGAUC